AUGCCUCAGCAAAACCAUCUCUGGGUUCCGGAAGAUGACUGGACCGGGGUGGUCGACCGACAAAAACGCCGCCGCCUGCAGAACCGAUUGAAUCAACGUGCCUAUCGCAUGAAGCAGAAAGCAAUCAAUCAAUCCUCCGCAUCAGCACGCGAGACUACUGAGUCUAUGUUCGAUACCUUGGUCCAGGCCCGCAACACCACCACCACCACCACCACCACCCACUCAACGGACUCACCACGGUCGCAUUCCGCAGAUGAGCCUGAUGACAACGAUCUGGAUUGCCAUCUCGUUCCUCAAGGUGCUCUGCAGUUCCGGCAGCAGUUUGAGGCAAUUGCACAGCAGAGUUUUCGGCUGGGCAGUCCUCAGAUUGAGCACUUAGUCAGUCUUCGCCGGCUGAAUGUCCACCGCGCCAUCAAUGAGAACAUCCGCGCCGUGGGCAUGACUCCAGCUUGGAUGCAGCCGGACGAUGCUCUGUCUAUCUUCAACUUGUCGCUGCCGGGCUCUUCGGAGGCACAAAUCCCCCCCAGUCUCCGGCCCACUCCUAUCCAGCGCCUCGUGCCUCAUCAUCCCUGGCUGGACUUCUUCCCCUUCCCGCGGAUGCGCGAGGUCAUGAUUCUCGCCGGAGACCGGCUCGACGAGGAUGAACUGUGCCGGGAUCUGAUGGCCUUCUGGGACACCCGUAAUACGGGGGCCUCCCUGGUGGUCUGGGGAGCGCCAUGGGACCCCCGGAACUGGGAGGCGACCGAAGAAUUCGUGCGCAAAUGGCGCUGGCUACUGGUAGGAUCGCCCGAAUUGCUCGUGUCCACCAAUUGGUGGCGGGCAAAGAGAGGAGCUCCUGCGCUCCGUUGGCACCAGUUAGGGUUACAAUGGCCAUCGAAGGUAGCCACCUAG